ACAUUAUCUGAAUCCAGUUGCGUGUCUCAUGCCCAGGUGUUCACUACUCCCGAUCCGUCUCAUAUCGACUCAAAUGCUCUGCUUUCUGCUCCCUCUGCCAGUCAGAUGUGUCACGUGGAUUCAAUGAGCAAUUCGUGUCUUGGUACUCGAUCCAGCGAUCCCCAUCGUUCUGGUCUGACAGCGAACCUAUCCGGAGCCGGCUCGCAUUGCAGCAGGGUCACUAACGUCAUGAGAAUCCUGCCUGUAAAAUUAUCCCCAAGCAUUUCUUCGUCUUCUGCUUUUCCUUUUUCUUCUUCCUCUACUUCAUCAAAGUCAACAAGCCUUCAAUCUCGCCCACAUCAGUCUCCCCACUCGCACCACCAUCCUUAUCCCCAUCAUCACCAUCACCACCACCAUCAACAUCAGCACCCGAAUCGCUUGCAUCACCUCCAUCUGGACCACCAGCAUUCCCUUCCUCUGCCUCAAGUGCAUCAACACUCACAACUAUCCGAUAAUUCACGUCACCCACAGUCACUGAUUCCUGUUCAGUCGCGUCCAAUCAAGCACACAAACUCGGAGGCAACUAAACACCAAGCUUCUCAUGUUCGCGCUGUCAACGAAGCUAUGCCGAGUUUAUUUGAUGCAUCGCCUUUACCGCCACCAAUUCCUCCGCCAGGUUCAUCUGGUGGUCGCGCACACCGACCGGUGCAUCCUACCAUUGGGGAACCUGAUCGAGUCGCAUCAACGGCUAUCGUCACUUUGCCGCCCACUCCGUUACGCGGGCUUGGUGAGUCUGGCCACGCACGACCUGUCAUCUCCGCCAGAGAUCCAUCGUCUUCAAGGUCCUUAGCCCUCCCAAGGCCCUCUAUAAGUAGACACCAAAUCGAGCAAGUCAGGGCUAGCAAACAUGUUGCUUCGACCGCAGCUACCAAUGUUACUGCCUCUGCAUCAUCUCCCAUUUCUUUUAAUGAAAGCAUGCUCACAUUGCGAAAUGUGAGUUUCUCGUUUGGUCAGUUAUUUUAA